AUGGCCACCUGCGCCGGGCUGCCGCUGCUGCUGCUGCUGAGGCUGCUUCUGGGCCAGCCCUGGGCGGGGGCCGGCGCUCACAGGGUGGCUGCGGUGUGCGCGGGCAGGGCCUGCUACACAGCGCACUGGGGCAAGCUGAGUGCGGCCGAGGCCCAGCUUCACUGCAGCAGGAACGGCGGCAACCUGGCCACGGUGAGGAGUGAGGAGGAGGCCUGGCACACCCAGCGAGCCCUCACCCAGCUCCUGGAGUCGGAGGCGCCCCUGGCAGCUCGGAUGGGAAAGUUCUGGAUCGGGCUCCAGCGUGAGAAGGCCAAGUGCUUGGACCCCAGCCUGCCGCUGAAAGGCUUCAGCUGGGUGGGCGGCGGGGAGGACACGCUUUACACCAACUGGAACAAGGAGGUCAGGAGCUCUUGCAUCUCCAGGCGCUGUGUGUCCCUGCUGCUCUAUCUGUCCCAGCCGUCCCAUGCCAGCCAUCUCCCCAAGUGGUCCGAGAGCCCCUGCGGGAGCCCGGGCUCUCCAGGAAGCAACAUCGAAGGCUUUGUGUGCAAGUUCAGUUUCAAAGGCAUGUGCCAGCCUCUGGCUCUGGGGGGCCCAGGCCGGGUGAACUACACGACCCCGUUCAAUGCCACCAGCUCUUCCCUGGAGGCCGUGCCCUUCGGCUCCGCAGCUACCGUGGUCUGUGGGGCCGGGGAAGGAGGUCAGGAGGAUUACUUCAUGUGCAGGGAGAAGGCCCCUGAUGUGUUUGACUGGGGCAGCUCAGGCCCCCUCUGCGUCAGCUCCCAGUAUGGGUGCAGCUUCAACAACGGGGGCUGCCAGCAGGACUGCUUCGAGGGGGGCGACGGCUCCUUCCGCUGCGGCUGCCGGCCGGGCUUCCGGCUGCUCGACGACCUGGUGACCUGUGCCUCCCGGGACCCUUGCAGCUCCAGCCUGUGCCGAGGGACAGCCACCUGUGUCCCGGCACCUCACGGGAAGAACUACACGUGCCGCUGCCCCCAGGGCUACCAGCUGGACUCUAGUCAGCAGGACUGUGUGGACAUGGACGAGUGCCAGGACUCCCCCUGCCCGCAGGCCUGUGUCAACACCCCUGGGGGCUUCCGCUGUGAGUGCUGGGUGGGCUACGAGCCCGCCGGCCCUGGGGAGGGGCCCUGUCGGGAUGUGGACGAGUGUGCCCCUGGCCGCUCGCCCUGCGCCCAGGAGUGCACCAACACCGACGGCUCCUUCUACUGCUCCUGCGAGAAGGGCUAUGUUCUGGCCGGGGCGGAAGGCACCGAGUGCCAGGACGUGGACGAGUGUGCGGACACGGAGAAUGGCCUUUGUGACAGCUUGUGCCUCAACACACAGGGGUCCUUCCGCUGCGGUUGCCUGCUGGGCUGGGAGCUGGGCCCGGACGGGGUCUCGUGCACCCUGGGCCCCACGUCCCUGGCACCGCCGUCUGGGCCUUCCCAGGGGGAGGAUGCGGGAGAUAGAGAGGGGAAACUCGUGUAUUCUGCCACAACGUCCAGGCCCACCAGGGACCCUGAGGGUACCUCCAAGGAGACACCCACCGCAAAGGGACCCUCCCUCCCACGCAACGCCCCCGUUACCCUGGCCACACCCCACAUGCCGGCUCCCAGUGGGCCCCCUGGUGUCUGGAUGGAGCCCAGCACCCAUCACCCUAUGGCCACCCCUGGCCGUGGGGAGAAUACAGAUGAGGAUUUCAUAGCCAAACAAAGCGAUGAGGGCACCGACGGACAAAAGCUGCUGUUGUUCUACAUCCUGGGCACCGUGGUGGCCAUCUUACUCUUACUGGCUCUGGCUCUAGGGCUACUGGUCUAUCGCAAGCGGAGAGCAAAGAGAGAGGAGGAGAAGGAGAAAAAGCCCCAGAAUGCAGCUGACAGCUACUCCUGGGCUCCAGAGUGAGCUGAGAGCAGGGCUUUGGAGAAUCAGUACAGUCCGACGCCGGGGACGGACUGCUGA